AUGGCGAACCACCGACGCUCUUCCUCUUUCAAUCCGACGACGCAGGAAGACAAUGCUAUGUUUCUCGAUAUACUGCACGAAGCUCCUCUGUUUGGUCAUCGAGAAUCUAGAAGUCUUUUUGGAAGUUGCAUUUACCUUAUCAUAUUGGCAGGUUAUGCUGUUUUGGCAGCAGGAGCACCGUGGAUACUUCAGCCUGUUGAGUCUCGUAUCCCGUCGCUACUUUGCAGCUGCAAUGUUGCUUUAUUGAUGUUAACAGGUGUGUUUCAGCAGUAUUUUGUCACUCAGGUCCAGAAAAUACGCUUGCAGGGCUAUUACAGUUUCAGCCAGAAAUUGAAACAUGUAGUUCGUCUGCCAUUUGCCAUCAUGGCAUAUGGAACUGCAUCGAUGCUGCUUUUCAUGGUCUGGAGACCAUAUGUCAGUGUUCUUCCAAUUUUAACUGUGCAGAGGUUCAUCAUGACUGUUGAAGCAAUUUCUGCUGCUUCUUUUAUGAUUGUAUUUGUUGGUUAUGUUCGCCAGUAUAACUCAGUGAACUCUCAACCCGAUGUCUUAAAUUCAUUAUAUUCUCCCCUUCAACCAGCUGCUUUAGAAGGAUUGAGAUACCAUGAAGCCGGUCGCCUUUCUGAUCAGCAAAUGGCUCUACUGCAAUAUCAGCGCGAGAAUCUCCACUAUCUAAGCGAAGAGAUUUUGCGUUUGCAGGAGUCCUUAAGCAAAUAUGAAGAGUCCAAUGGUAGUAGCACGCCUCAGGUUGAUCUUGCACAUCUUGUGGCAACUCGAGAUCAGGAAUUACGAACACUUUCUGCUGAGGUGAAUCAACUCCAUUCUGAGCUUACUCUGGCUCGAUCUCUGAUCUCUGAGAGAGAUAGAGAGAUACAACACGUCCGGAAUACCAAUAAUCAGUAUGUGGCAGAAAAUGAGAGGCUAAGAGCCAUUCUCGGAGAAUGGAGUAUGCGAGCGGCAAAGCUUGAACGAGCUCUGGAGGUGGAGAGGAUAUCAAAUCUUGAUCUGCGGAAGAAAGUUUCGGCUCUCAGAGAGCAGAAGCAGAUAUAG